AUGUACCCUCCUACGCUUCUCCACAGACUUUUGGCUGUGGUCGCUCUCCUCGUCUGCGUGCAUGGACUCGGACAGAAGCCUACCGUCAACUUUGAUGGCACUGGACUAGCACUUAGCGAGAAUGGCUCUGUCGUGCAACUGCUUGCUGACAAGGCUGACUAUCCCGCUGUUCUGAGGGUGGUCAACGAUCUUGCAUUGGACUUUGGACGGGUUACUGGCACCAGUGGUUCAGUCUCGUUGCUUGGGGCCGAUGAUGCAGUCAAGAAUGCGAGCAUGAUCUACAAUGUCACCGCUCGAGCAUCCUUUGCAUUGGCAAGCAAUGGAAGCAGAUCUGGAGGCACAGUCAUUGCUGGUACAAUUGGAAGCUCUGCUAUGAUUGACCAGUUGAUCGCAGAGGGAAGGAUUGACGUCGGUGCCAUUAAUGGUACAUGGGAAGCAUAUGUCUCAACCGUCAUACAGACCCCGAUGCCUGGCGUGGCCGAGGCAGUGGUCAUUGCUGGCUCCGAUCGACGAGGCACAAUCUAUGGCCUCUAUAGCAUCUCCGAGCAGAUUGGCGUAAGUCCUUGGUACCACUGGGCGGAUUCGCCACCCCAGAAACACGCCAAUAUCUAUGCCUCCAACAUCACGGUGGCAUCGAAGUCGCCCUCAGUCAAGUACCGAGGCUUCUUCAUCAACGAUGAAGCUCCUGCUUUGACAGGCUACGUCGAUGCCAAGUUUCCACCAUCGCCCUGGGGCCCAGGAUUCAACGCAGACUUCUAUCACACCAUGUUCGAGCUGCUGCUCAGGCUGCGUGCGAAUUAUCUCUGGCCAGCCCAGUGGAACAGCAUGUUUAAUGUGGAUGACCCGCGGAGCCAAGCUUUAGCAGACGAAUACGGUAUCGUCAUGGGUACUUCUCACACUGAGCCGAUGAUGCGCGCCACCAAAGAGUGGAAUGUAUUUGGUCAUGGACCUUGGCAGUGGAAUACUGACGACGAGUCAAUCUACCCUUUCUUCGUGGAAGGUGCUGAGCGAUCUAAACCCUAUGAAGGCGUACUGACCAUGGGUAUGCGAGGGUCUGGCGAUACCGCUCUAUCAUCUGGCAUCGAAACAGACUUGCUGCAGAGCGUUGUUGCAGCACAGACGGAGAUACUCACCAAGAUCUGGGGCAACGAGUCUGUUGCAGAUCCGAAUGUCGUACCUCAAAUGUGGUGCUUGUACAAGGAGGUACAAGGUUACUACGAAGCUGGCAUGACAGUCAACGAAUACAUAACAUUGCUCUGGACCGACGAUAAUUGGGGCAAUAUCCGUCGCUUGCCGCUGCAGAAUGAGACAAGUCGAAGUGGUGGUGCUGGAGUCUACUACCACUUUGACUACGUAGGAGAUCCGCGCGACUACAAGUGGAUCAAUACCGUUCAGCUUCAGAAGACAUGGGAGCAGAUGAAUUUUGCGUACGAACGAGAUGCCCGUCGGAUCUGGAUCGUUAACGUCGGAGACCUGAAGCCAUUGGAGCUGCCAAUCAGCCAUUUCAUGGACCUGGCGUACGAUAUUGGCAGCUGGGACAAGGAUAGUGUGCCAGCGUGGCUAGAGAUGUGGGCAGCUCGCGAGUUCGGCUCGAGCGUCGCGCAGGAUACUGCGUUGCUGAUGAACAACUUCUCAAUCGCCACUGGACGUCGCAAGUUCGAGCUGGUGGAUCCAACUACCUACAGCUUGAUCAACUACCAGGAAGCUGACAGGAUCUUGCAAGAAUGGCAAGCAAUGCAGCAAUCUGCACAAGAUAUAUACAACGGACUUCCUGUCGACACUCAAGCCGCUUUCUUCGAGACCGUCUACCACCCGGUCACAGCAGGAUAUGUCUUCCACGAUAUCAUGAUCUCCACCGCGAAGAACAACUUGUACGCCAUGCAAGGUCGGAAUAGCGCCAAUGCUGUAGCGGACCACGUCAAGGAUCGCUUUGCGCGAGACCGGGAACUUACUGAGCAGUAUAAUGGCCUCCUCGACGGAAAGUGGGAACAUAUGAUGGACCAGACACACAUUGGUUAUGAGCACUGGCAGCAGCCAAUGCGGCAGGCACUCCCCGCAUUACAAUACAUCCAGCCAUCUGAGCAGGGUCUGAACGGCGCCAUGGGGGUCUCUAUCGAGGGGAGCAAUGCUACCAUACCCGGCGACGACAUGUACCACGCAUUAUCGUCGAGUAUGCUGACAAUGUCACCCUUCGACCCGUACGGUGUCAGCACACAGUGGAUCGACAUCUACAGUUUGGGUCCCAGAGCCUUCGAUUUCAACAUCACAGCAAAUGCCUCCUUUGUACAAUUCUCCUCGUCUGCGGGACAUUUCGGGCCUGACAGCACAGAUGACAUGCGAGUAUGGGCCACGAUCGACUGGGAUGCCUGUCCAGAAGGAAGCGGCAUGGUCCUCGUCAACAUUUCCUCAAGCAUGGACAACUCAUCGCAAUUCCGAGAGGAAACACAGUACGGAACGCAAUACUCAAUGCCGCAACUGAUGCUGCCCUACAACCACACCAAGGUCCCCACUUUCUUCACCAACGGCUUUGUCGAAUCAGCCGGCCACAUCUCCAUUGAGCUCGAACACUACAGCUCUCCUUCCGAUACCUCAGAUGAAGUCCACUACGAGACCAUCCCAGGCUUAAGCCGUACACUCUCGGGUAUCACGCUUUCCCCCGUCACCGCUCCCUCGCAAGCCCUCCCGAGCGCCCCGGGACUGGAGUAUAAGCUCUAUACGUUUUCCAAUACCACUGCCCAGAACGUCGUCAACAUCACAAUCGUUACCACGACGUCUCUCAACACAAUCCCAGAACGACCGCUCCGCUACGCCAUUCAGCUUGAUGAUCAAGACGUCAAACCGGUCCAGCCGGUGAUCGAUCAACCUGCCGGCGCGAACCCGGUGGGCUGGGCAACGGCUGUGGCAGAUAGCGCAUGGAAGACAACGUCGAAUUUCACGUACAGCGGGCCGGGGGAGCACGUGUUGAGAGUGUGGGCGCUGGAGCCUGGGUUGGUGUUGAAUACGGCUUGGGUUGACUUGGGGGGUGUUAAACGAAGCUAUCUUGGUCCGCCGGAGAGUUUUCGUGUGAUGUAG